CUCUCAUAUGUUAUCCAUUUUCUUUAAUUUUUAUGGCCAAAACAAGAGUUAUUUGGGUGGGAAAAUUUUCUCUUGGAGAAUAUUAGGCUUUAUUAUUUUUGAUUUUCUUGGGAAAAUGACAAGGCAGAAAAUAGAGAUAAAGAAGAUCGACAACAUUACGGCAAGGCAAGUGACUUUUUCUAAGAGGAGAAGAGGGCUCUUCAAGAAGGCUCAAGAACUCUCCACUCUCUGUGAUGCUGAAAUGGCUCUCAUUGUGUUUUCUUCCACUGGAAAACUCUAUGAGUACUCUAGUUCAAGCAUGCAGCAAAUUCUUGAAAGGCAUAAUUUUCAUUCUGAAAAUCCUGAAAGAUUGAUCAGUCAACCAUCUCUCGAUGAACUUGAGAGAUACGCCUCGUUGAGCAAGCAACUUGAACAGAAGACAAGGGAGAUGAGGCAGAUGAAGGGAGAAGAACUUGAAGAACUAAACCUUGAUGAAUUAAAGAAACUAGAGAAAUUGGUUGAGACUGGAUUAGGUCGUGUCAUAGAAAAGAAGGAUGAUAAAAUUAUGAAAGAAAUCAACUCUCGUAAAAGGAAGGUCAGUUCAACCUUAUUAUAUGUGAAGGAGAUCCUGCUACUAGAAGCCAACCGACAAUUGAGACAGCAGACGGCAGGAGCAAUCGUAGUUCCGGCAGAUCCCGGUGAACAAGGCCAGUCAUCUGAUUCAAUCACCGGAAUCUGCAGUUCGGCCGACCUUCCGGAAGACCAUGAUAGCUCGGAUACUGCUCUCAAGUUGGGGUUACCCUUUCCUGAGUCAAGAUGAAGAUGUGGAGCAGUAUUGGAAUAAAUUAUAUGACAAGCAAUAUAUUAUUGGAUUAAAGAGAUAGGCGUGUCUCAGUAUAUAGUUAGAGGUGUACUUUAUUUUAUAUUAUUUGAGUUUUGAUUCAAAGAGAAGUCCAUUCAAAGGAGCAUUCUUUAGAAGUGUAAAGCAGGUUUGUAUAUGCAAGGCCUUUCAAAUAAAUGGAAGUGCCAUGUGUGGAUGACACGGUUUUAAGCAUCUUGUUCAACCAUUUUAGUAAACAACUUUUAAUUUUAUUUA